AUGCAAGUGUCUUUCGCGUGUUCGGAGCACAACGUCAAGAGCCGGAGCGCCGAGGACAGGCUCAACCGGCAGAAUGCCAGCAGCCCCAGCGCCCGAGGGCGGUUUCGCGCCGUGGCCAUGGUGGCUCGGAGCCUGGGCCAGCUGUCCACGCAGAACGUGCCCUCCUCCAGCCAGGCAGCCACGAAGCAGCCGGGCAUGAAAUACAGAAACCUCGGGAAGUCUGGACUGCGGGUUUCCUGCCUCGGCUUAGGGACAUGGGUGACUUUUGGAGGACAGAUAACAGAUGAGAUGGCCGAGCAGCUGAUGACGCUAGCCUACGACAACGGCAUCAACCUUUUCGACACGGCGGAGGUCUAUGCCGCAGGGAAAGCUGAAGUCGUCUUGGGCAACAUUAUCAAAAAAAAGGGAUGGAGACGGUCCAGCUUGGUGAUCACCACCAAAAUCUUCUGGGGCGGAAAAGCCGAGACAGAAAGAGGCCUUUCCAGAAAGCACAUCAUAGAAGGUUUAAAGGGGUCACUAGAACGGUUGCAACUGAAUUACGUGGACGUCGUGUUUGCCAAUCGACCGGAUCCUAACACGCCCAUGGAAGAGACGGUACGAGCCAUGACCCACGUUAUCAACCAAGGAAUGGCUAUGUAUUGGGGAACAUCACGGUGGAGCUCCAUGGAGAUUAUGGAAGCUUAUUCUGUAGCUCGGCAGUUCAACCUGAUCCCUCCCAUCUGCGAGCAAGCUGAAUAUCACAUGUUCCAACGGGAGAAGGUCGAAGUACAACUUCCAGAACUUUUCCACAAGAUUGGCGUAGGAGCCAUGACGUGGUCCCCCCUGGCGUGUGGGAUCGUUUCAGGGAAGUAUGAUGGCGGGAUCCCACCCUACUCACGAGCGUCACUCAAAGGUUACCAAUGGCUGAAAGAUAAGAUCCUAAGCGAAGAAGGGAGACGGCAACAAGCAAAGCUGAAGGAGUUGCAAGCUAUUGCCGAGCGGCUGGGCUGCACCCUACCUCAGCUAGCCAUUGCGUGGUGUUUACGCAACGAAAGUGUCAGUUCAGUCCUGCUGGGAGCCUCCAAUGCAGAUCAGUUGAUGGAGAAUAUUGGAGCAAUACAGGUUCUUCCCAAACUCUCCUCUUCAAUUAUCCAUGAGAUCGAUAGCAUCUUGGGCAAUAAACCUUACAGCAAAAAAGACUACCGCUCUUAAUAGGAGAGGCACUGGGGGCCCUGGUUAACCUGGGACUUAUCCUCCCUUCCUCCUCUCUCCUGUUUGCUUGCUUAAGCUAUUCUGAAGAAGCCGAGCGAGCACUACAGUUUGCAUCCAAGAAAACCACACUGGGCCUGGAGACAUUCCUAGAGAAACCCGUUUUCCAACGUGGCCAGACCGUGUGUAGGCUUCUUUGCUUUUUCUCCCUCCCCCCCCCACCCUUGUGAAUGCAAGAACCACCAUAGGCUGGGAAAAGACAUGUGGAAAAUUGGGUCAAUCUGGGCUUCAGUGCUUCCUUUUUGUAAAGGAAAAGCGAAUCUUUGGUCCCAUGUUUACUUUUUGGUUCUUUUUUUCCAACGAACAACUCCUAGGCACAAGUGUUAGUGUUUUUAAAAUUUAUCUGGACAACCCACCCACCUACCCCUCGCCACAGUUAAGAGCUGGCACUUUCUUUUUUAAAAAACAGGCAUGGAUAAUGCUAAGGUUAUUAUUAAAAGCAACAAUGCUGGUCACUUUGUUGAAGUCUAUAAGCUUUGGCCAGCCUCCUGCUCACAUUAGAAACUGCUUUUUGGGAACAAAUGCAUGUAUCCUUCCCAACCAAUCACUCGUGUCAUUUUUUUUUAAGUUUGGAAACAAAAUAGAUUAACACCCGGUUCAAGAUAGAGGUGGGACGGCUCUCAAAAGUCUGGCCAGAAAAGAUGCAUUUCUUCAGGCAUCUGGUGAGAAUUAACCCAGGCAGAAUCUGCUGGGUCUCUUCUGGAAGAAGGGAGCUGGAACAUUUCUGGAUGCGACAGCGGUGCACAGUUUGUAGGACGGAAAUGGCUCAGUCUCUCCCAAGGUCUUGCCUCGGUUAUUUUUCCAGAAAUACCCUCUUUGCUUCAAAUAACUGUUCAAUAUUUCAAGGCAACAUUCAGGUCAGCUCAAGCCACGUUCCAGGAAGUCCCCAAAUCUGUGCUGUCCCAUGCUCUCCCCCACCUCCUCCUCUUGAGAAUCAGUUCAACAUAAUUCUCCUCUCACGUUUUAGAAACCUGCUGGGAGUCGCACGGGCCGUGGCGAUGGCAUAGUUGUCCCCUGCCCUGGGGGGGGGGCAGUCUGAGAAGGGAGUUUGCCAUUGGCGUUCCCCAUACAUCCAUAUCUUCUGGGGAAGAGUUUCAGAGAAGGAUGUGACUCCUGCCGUUGGUGGUUGAUGUGCUAGUCGUGCCUUAGUGAAAUGCAAAAUUUAAAUUCUUGUGGGGCGGGGGGGAAAGAGUCAUAUCCUGUUGUUUAAAAAAAAAAAAAAAGGCCUGAUUGAAAAUGUUUGCGUGCUUCUCUUUCUCCCCCUACCUCUUGUCCUUCCUCCUUAUGUGGGCUUGGAUCAAACUACAUCAUAUCUAACCGCUCAUGGACUUAAUUAAGACUUUGGGAUGGCUUAAAAAUGAAGGCACAUUUUUCAGUAAGCCUUCCUGGAAAAAAAACAAAACACAGAGCAACCUUUGCUGACUGGGUUCUCCUGAAUACUUCCAACUCCAGACCCGCUCUCCCCCAGCAGUGGGAAUCAUUGUCCAAAACAUUUGGAUGACACCACCUUGAAGGCGGUUGUGAAGGUUUCGAUUGCACGAAUAGGCUGAACCUCAUAGAAAUGCUUUUCCUACUAUGUUACCAUACAUGCCAUGGCCUGUAUGAAUGGAAUUCAUUUCCGGUCAUGGAAAUGCUUACAAAAAGGCAUUGGUCACCCCCAGAAUCUUAGAGCUUAAUACCCUGCUCAGUCCUGGAAUCCAAAUUCAAGCUUCCCUGAGAGAUCCAGAAGAAGAACCCACACUCACUGUUAGGAGGUGAAUUGGAACAUGCCUCCUGCACCAUGAAUUCAUUAUUCCACUCCCUGCAUUUCCAGCUUCUUCAAAUUCUCUUUGCUGGGCUUAGCUUGUAUUUCUCUGAUCUUCCCCUCUACUCUUUUCUGAUCUUCCCCUCUACACUUUUCUGAACACGCUCUAAUACAGUGCAGAACUGGACACAGGACUUGACAAGCGGGGGCCCAACCACCACAGAAUAAAGCCAAACCAUUACUUCCUGGGAUUUGGAAAUGACGCUUCUGUUAAUGCAGCCUAAAAUCGCAUUAGACUUUUCUGCAGCCCCAUCACACUGCUGGCUCGUAUUCAGUUUCCAACUUCCUAUUUGGAGAUCAUUUUGUUUCUAAGAGAACCUUAUUGACCAGAAGCUGAUUGAAACUCAAUUUUACUUUUAAACUAUCUGUUCCAUAGACUUGCUUUGAUCACUUUUACAGCUCAUGGGUUUGAAGCUCAGCAUUUGAGGAGGAGGAGGAGGAAAAUCCAAAAUAGAUACAGCAUCCUUCCCUUACAUUUCCAAAACUGCCAAGUUCAGUUCUCAGUUUAACUGAGAAGUAAACAAUUCCGUACGACUGUUUGUUUCCAAAGAACUGAAGAUUCCAUUAAAAAAGCAAGUUUUUUGUUUUUAUUUUUAAUUAUUAUUAUAUUUCUACAACCUGCUGAAUAUUUUUUCCCCAAAGGCAAAAAUGGGACUAAUUUUAAAAAAAAAUGUCUGUAGACACCAUAGGAGCUGGGGAACUGUAAAAAUAAAAAACUCUGAAAUGCCCAGAAAAGUCUUCUAACAAACAAAGGUGCUAAACUAUGCCUGGUUUCCACAAAGUGCUGUAACAUGGGUCAGUUCAUUUCUGAUCAUGAUUUUUGCUCUGUGUGCAAAGCAGGUAACAAUGCUUGUUUAACAAACAUUGCUUUUAAAAAAGAGACAAGCCUGCUUUCUUGGCAUGCAGUGUAACGCCAGCUGUUGAGUCCAUGUCGAAAACAGAAGUCAUGACAUUUAGUUUCAAGGUUUUCAGCCCUGAACUUGGCUUCUUGGUUUUUGAGGGCUCUUAAGUUGGCAGGUGUGAACAGAAGGGAGCUUGCCUCGCCAUUGCCACGUUGAAGGCAAUGGCACUCGAGCCCUGCCAUGGCCGGAAGACGAGAUGACCCGAAGCCAACUUUGCCAUCCUGGAGUUCGAGAGCUCUUGGUUUGGGAGUUAGAGGCCGGUUCUGAGUUCAAAAGUGAGUUUCUUCUCUUCCCUCUCUCAGGGAGGGGAUCAAGAGGAGCAUAGCUGAAACUUGAGCCUUGCCAAAUGCUCGUGGGCUAUCUUUUUUUCUGCAAACAUCGGUCCUGGUGCAUCUAAACAGCCUCCAUUCCUCCCUCAGACAGACCCACCAGGGUCUUCCAAAGGACAUUUCGUCCUGCAGAUGGGUUCUUCAACCCACGGUGCAAGGCCGCUGCUCAGCGGGAGAUUUUCUUCCUCAAAGCCACGUGGGUUCCCCCCAGCUCCUCUCCUUCUCCAGGCAGUAUGGAAGUUGAAGUACAGAUGCCCUUGGAGGAGAUGAACAUUGGAACUCCAAGCCCCAUCCUGCUCAUGCUGGUUGGGAAUCUGAAGAUGGUCCCCAACCAAACCAGGUUGGUGGGGAAUUCAGAGUAACGUUUUCCUAGUUUCCCAGCCAGAUGGGUCAUUAGGCCCCAAAGAUCGCAGGGCACCAAGUUGGAGAAACUUUCCUCGAGGGAACCACAGAAGCCGUGACUUGGAAAACAGGCGCCCAGCCAAGUCUGUUCUCCUUUCUUUAGACAGCAAAGGAUUAACAUCCCUCCAACUCACAGAAAGGCAUCAUUCUGCUAAAAUAAAAUAGAAAAGCUAUCAUUCAACAGAGUGACGCUGCUGCAUGUUACUCCUCUAAGUCUCGUAGAGUUUUGCCACCUCUCUUGGGCUCCCUUCUUUUCUGGGUUGACAAGUGCCCUUUGGAAUAAAAUUGUGGAGUGCAUUAUUAAAUAUAUAUAAAUAAAAAGAGGCCACUGAACAUAGCUGUCUGCGAUCCAGAAAAUUUCUUGGAAAUUGAGAUGAUGUGCCGAACAGGCCCUUUGCUUUGCCUCUCACAAGGCUUUCCUUUCUUAAAGAAAUAAACUUAAAAAAAAAAAAACCAAGCCACACGGGCCAAACAGUGGCACCAGGUACAGCCAUCUCCGUGGAUACUCUGGUGCCCACCCUGGCUGUGGAAUGAAGCAGGUCUAGAUCAGCCAAGGAAGAAAUUUGCACCACUUUUGAUAUGUUUUAGAAUGAAGGAAAGGAAAUUUUAGAAUCCUAAAAGUUUUCUAUUGGAGGCAAUCUUUUUAAAAUAGUCCGCUCCGCAAAGCGAGACGGCAGUGUUUCUCGCUAGGUUGCACGGAACUUCCCCGAAAUCUCUCCUAACGGUUGUAAUUUCUGAGGACAAAUUGCUGGAUGGAAAAAUAAGCCGACACGAAAUGGCAAGGCUCUGCCAGAGACAUCCAUAACAGCUGCUUUUCUCGUAGACGGGCCCUCCAGAUUCCUCUCUUCUUUGCUUUUAAGGCAUCAUGUCUAUUUUUCAUGCAGCUGCAAAUGUACGAGGUGGUGGUGGUCUGACUCUCCAGGCUGAGUCCAGCCAAACUUCCAGUAUUUCAAAAGGGUGAGACAAGUGACACCCUCUUCCUCUCCACGGAAGGAACCCUAAAUCCUCAGUGAUGGAUGAAGGUCCAGAUCUUGCCACCCUCAACAAAAAACAACCUGUCUUCCUUCUUCCAAACUUUCUUCUUGGUUCCUGAAUUAACCCAUUUGGGGGGUGGUUGGCACAAAACAGACCCCGAUGUGAACCAGGUCAAGCGUGUUGUGUGAACACGAUGCAAGCUGAGGGUUGUAGGGUGGGAACGGGCCCUGUGGGGCUUUCAAGACCCACCCAGUUCCCACCUUUAGAUCCAAUCUGCAAAAAUACCACUCCGAGUGUGAACUCGUCAGUAGAGCUUAGUUUCCAGCUCGUGUCUUGCUUCUCCCCCCCUAAAAAAAGGCCAUUCUGAUUUCUCUGUAACCCCCAUUUCCCAUCCCUCUUCAAUCUGGAAGCACCAGAUAAUCUCUCGGAGGGGACUAGGGUGCUGUACGGUUUCCAGACCCAUCCUAUCUCCCUCUCUGCUGGGUUAGCCAUGUUGGCCAACUGGGCUCAGGAGAAAUCUGAGUCGGCCCAGGAAGACUUCCAGGAGUUGUGUGUUGCGUUCUGUGUAAAUAAAAACCCAUUUUCCGUUCUUCCCAAAUCUGUAAAUCUCCCAAACGACAAACCACAGAUCUCUAAACAUGGCAUAUACGACUGUGAUUAUUCCCAAGCUUAACUGCGUAACCUUCUGGGCGCCUCCAUCAUACUUCUUAACAAAGAUUUGGAUUGAUAAGAGAACAACUACUGUAUUUACGGAAUGAAUGAACAACUAGCUAAAUAAA